UAGUAAUGUACAAAUUGUGACUCAAAUUGUGACACGUGUCCUUAUAAAUGGAUCUACAUAGAUUUCCCGAUAAAUAACGACUACGAAAAAUCUAUCAAUCAACAUCUAAUCAUGGAAUACUUGGAAGGCGUUGUCGUUUCUAAUUUACCUCAAACUACUAAGAGUGAUAAAAAAGCCAAGAAAUCACAGAAAUCACAAAAAGGAGUUUCCGAUAAUGGAUACCCAUUGGAGCUUGACCCUCCUCCAGAAUAUAUCGUUCACCGAAUCAAAUUAUUUGAAGAAUGGAAAAAAGCUUACGAUGAAGAAAUUAAAAAUAGACCACGUGUUCCGAUUACUGUAACCUUCCCUGAUGGUCGAAAAUUAGAGGCAACAGCCUGGGAAACUACUCCCUUGGAAAUUGCAAAAAAUAUUUCCAAAUCCUUGUAUGAACGUACUGUGAUUGCUAAGGUUAAUGGCGUUUUAUUCGAUCUAAUUCGACCACUUGAAAUUGAUUGUACUUUAGAGUUAUUGGACUUUGAACAUGAAGAAGGAAAAAAGGUAUUUUGGCAUUCGAGUGCCCAUGUUCUAGGUGAAGCCUGUGAGCGUCAUUAUGGUUGUAAUCUUUGCAUUGGUCCACCAAUAGAAGAAGGCUUUUAUUAUGAAAUGGGUAUCAAAGAUCGUGUUGUACACCAAAGUGACUAUGAAAACCUCAAAAAAAUUGCAACUAAAGCCAUAAGCGAAAAACAACCUUUUGAACGUUUAGUUAUCUCAAAAGAAAAUUUGUUGGAAAUGUUCAAGCAUAAUCAAUAUAAAGUUCACCUUAUAAAAUCCAAGAUUCAAGAUGGAACAUCUACCACUGUAUAUCGUUGUGGUCCACUGAUUGAUUUAUGUAUGGGUCCUCAUGUUCCUCAUACAGGAAGAAUCAAAGCAUUCGAUAUCACAAAGAAUUCUGCAUCAUAUUUUCUUGGUGAUGCAAAUAAUGAUUCUCUUCAACGUAUUUAUGGUAUUUCUUUCCCAGAUAAAAAACAACUGACAGAAUAUAAGGCAUUUGUUGAAGAAGCUGCUAAGCGUUCUCAUAGAAAAAUUGGUCAGGAGCAAGAACUUUUCUUUUUUGAUGAACUUAGUCCUGGAAGUUGUUUUUUCCUUCCAAAUGGAGCUAGAGUUUACAAUACUUUAGUUGACUUUAUAAAAACAGAAUAUCGUAAACGAGGUUAUAAUGAAGUGAUUACUCCUAAUAUGUAUAAUACUAAAUUAUGGGAAAAAUCAGGGCAUUUACAAAAUUACGAGGAAAACAUGUUUAGUUUUGAGGUUGAAAAAGAAAAAUUUGCACUAAAACCAAUGAACUGUCCAGGUCAUUGUUUAAUGUUUAAACAUAGGGAUCGAUCAUAUCGAGAAUUACCUAUUCGACUUGCUGAUUUUGGAGUUUUACAUCGUAAUGAGCUAAGUGGUGCCUUAACAGGUCUUACUCGUGUUAGAAGAUUUCAACAAGAUGAUGCACAUAUAUUCUGCAGACAUGAUCAAGUGGAGGAUGAAAUUAAAGGUGUUUUAGAAUUUUUGAAAUAUGUUUAUGGUAUUUUUGGAUUUACUUAUCAACUUAAAUUGUCUACUCGGCCCGAUAAGUAUUUGGGUACUAUUGAAGUUUGGGAUCAAGCUGAAAAGAAAUUAGAAGAUUCUUUAAAUAAAUUUGGUGAGCCUUGGGAACUUAAUCCAGGUGACGGGGCAUUUUAUGGUCCAAAAAUUGAUAUUACAAUAUCAGAUGCUCUUAAAAGAAAACAUCAAUGUGCUACUUUACAGCUUGAUUUCCAACUGCCAGAACGAUUUGACCUAGAAUAUCGUACUCAAACAGUUAAUGAUGCUGAGAAUACAUAUGCUCGGCCAAUUAUGAUUCAUCGUGCGAUAUUAGGUUCCGUAGAACGUAUGAUUGCAAUUUUAACAGAAAAUUUUGGUGGCAAAUGGCCAUUUUGGCUUUCUCCUCGUCAAGUGAUAGUCAUACCGGUUGCAAACAGUUUCAGUAGCUAUGCUCAAAAAGUUGCUGAUGCUUGCUUUGAUGCCAAAUUAUAUGUAGAAACUGAUUUGGGUGAAAACACUUUAAACAAAAAGAUUCGGAAUGCGGAAAUAUCCCAAUUUAACUUUAUUUUUGUUGUUGGUGCUGAAGAAGAAGCUACAAAUUCUGUAAAUAUUCGUAAUCGAGAUGAUGCUGGUACAAAAACAAAAGGAGAAACAAUCCUUUUAAAAGAAGCUUUGGAAAAAUUAGUAAAAUUAAAAGAUGAAAAAAGAUUAAAGAACAGUUUAAAUCCAGAUGAUAAUUCAAAAUCAAAUUAAAAGAAAAUCUUAUUUGAAAUUAUUAGUUCAUACAAAAUUGAAUUAAUAUACUUUCUUUUUUCUAAUAUUUAGAUUUGCAAAAUAAUAGAAAUUCUUUCUAUUUAUAUUAUUUGGUUAAUAAAUAUCAUUUAAAUUAUUGCUUUUAAUGAAGUUUUUAUUUUUUAUAAAAUAAAUAACCA